CCCCAGCAGUCUGGACCUGGCUCCGCAAAUGCCCGCUGCGCAUGCGCCGCCGCCAUCAGCACCUCGCCCUCGCCGCCGCCAAGUCCCACGCCGCCCUCCUCAAGUCCGGCGUCUCCUCCCCCACGCCCUGGAACCAGCUCCUCACCGCGUACUCCGCUGCCUUCCCACCCGGGUCCAGCCUCGCCGCCGCGCGCCGCGUGUUCGACGAGAUACCCCGCCCGGACGCGGUCUCCUGGAACGCCCUCCUCGCUGCGCACGUCACUGCCGGUGCGCACCGCGACGCAUGCCAUCUUCUCCGGGCCAUGCGCGCUCGGGGCCUUGCCGCCAGCACCUUCACCCUCGGCUCCGCGCUCCGCUCCGCCGCCGCGGCGCGCUGCCCUGCCCUCGGCGCCCAGCUGCAGUGCUUGGCUUUCAAAUCUGGCCUUGCCGAUAACGUCUACCCCGCUAGUGCAUUACUCGACGUGUACGCCAAAUGUGGCCGCAUGAGGGAUGCUCGCCGCGUGUUUGAUGAAAUGCCUGAGCGGAAUACAGUUUCUUGGAAUGCACUCAUUGCUGGGUACGCGGAACAUGGGAAGCUGGCGCAAGCAAUGGAGCUGUUUCUUGAGAUGGAGAGUGAGGGGUUGGUCCCUGAUGACGCAACAUUCGCUGCUUUGCUCGGAGCAAUCGACGGUCCGAGCUGGUGUUUCUUGAUGCAGCAAUUACACGGGAAGAUUAUGAAAUAUGGAGCAGCGUUGGGUCUGGUAGUGCUGAAUGCAGCAAUCACUGCGUACUCGCAAUGUGGAGCUCUGGCCGACUCUAGAAGGAUCUUUGAUGGAAUUUGGAAUAGUAGGGAUUUGAUAUCAUGGAAUGCGAUGCUUGGAGCUUACACUUACCAUGGGAUGGAUGAUGAGGCAAUGAGGUUCCUUGUCAGGAUGAUGCAAGAGAGUGGAGUUCAGCCUGACAUAUAUAGCUUCACAAGUAUGAUAAGUGUGUGUUCAGAUCAUGGGUGUGAUGAUCACCGAGGGAGAGUAAUUCAUAGUUUGGUGAUCAAGAUUGGGUUGGAAGGAGUCACAUCUGUUAGCAAUGCUCUGAUUGCCAUGUACACUAGGUUCUCUGAUAACUGUACGAUGGAAGAUGCAUAUAAGUGCUUUAGUUCUUUGGUGCUUAAGGACACAAUCUCCUGGAAUUCUAUGUUAACUGGAUAUUCACAGCAUGGUUUAAGUGCUGAUGCUCUGAGAUUUUUCAGAUGUAUGCGAUCAGCAAAUAUUAGGACCGAUGAGUAUGCAUUCUCUGCUGCUCUGCGGUCCUCCUCAGACCUUGCUGUACUUCAGCUAGGUAGACAAAUACACAGUUUAGUCAUCCAAUCCGGUUUUGCUUCCAAUGAUUUUGUUUCAAGCUCGCUGAUCUUCAUGUAUUCUAAGAGUGGAAUUCUUGAUGGUGCAAGACAGUCUUUUGAAGAUGCAGAUAAGAGUAGCUCGGUGCCCUGGAACUCUAUGAUGUUCGGUUAUGCACAACAUGGGCAGGCACAAACUGUGACCAACCUAUUCAAUGAAAUGCUAGAGCUUAUGGUUCCUCUGGAUCAUGUUACAUUUGUUGGCCUAAUUACCGCCUACAGUCAUGCCGGUCUUGUAGAUGAAGGGUCAGAAAUUCUCAAUACGAUGGAAACUAGGUAUGGGGUUCCUCUACGGAUGGAGCACUAUGCAUGUGGAGUUGAUCUAUAUGGGAGGGCUGGGCAGCUUGACAAAGCAAAAGAGCUUAUUGAGUCUAUGCCAUUUGAACCAAAUGCCAUGGUGUGGAUGACCCUUUUAGGUGCUUGCAGAAUCCAUGGAAAUAUGGAGCUAGCUAACAAUGUGGCCAGCCAUCUAUUUGUGGUAGAACCUAGAGAGCACUCCACCUAUGUUCUCCUCUCCAGCAUGUAUUCUGGUCUUGGAAUGUGGAGUGAUAGAGCAAUAGUGCAGAGGGUAAUGAAGAAUAGAGGUUUAAGCAAAGUCCCUGGAUGGAGCUGGAUCGAGGUGAAGAAUGAGGUGCAUUCUUUCAAUGCAGAGGACAGGUUGCACCCAAGGACCAAUGAAAUCUACGAGAUGUUAAGAAUGUUGUUUCGAGUGGCACAGAGGCUUUCUUCUUGUGAGGAUGAAGAGAUUCUCAUGAUAAUUUCCAGCGACACAUGAACCGCAAUACUUGCUAUACACAAUUUUCUCAAAGGGUACAUACAACUUGGCAUGAACAUCUUCAACAUGUGUUUUCAGAUGCCUGAAGUGGUCUGCCACAACAAAAGCUUUUACAGACAUCCAGAGAUCAUGCAGUUCCAAUAAUUCCAAUUAUUUCAUUAUGGGUGGACACAUCUGACAUGUAGAACCCAUAUGGUUGUCCCAGAGACAGCUCUGCAAAUUCUUGAAGCGGCAUUCUUUUACUGAGCUUGGUGAAGGUUAACAUCUGCAUAUCCACCCUGAGUACAAUAUUCUGGAGGUAUGCUGGGUUAUUCAGCAUAUGAGGUUCAGUUCCGGGGAUCACAUUCGGACUACAACUGGGAUCAGGUGUGGAAAGCUAAGGUUGAAAACAAAUGUAGGUCCUUCUCGUGGAUCCUUCUGCAGAGAUAGCUCCUCAAUCCUCACAGCCGAUAGGAUACUGAAGCGAGGCGGGCAAGCAAACCCAAUCUGUCAGCUAUGCAAAACUCAGAACGAGUCAGGAAUUCAUCUGGUUGCAAACUGUACCUACUCGACUUAUGUAUGGGAUCAUGUGGAACGGUGGUCAGGCUCUCAGGACAUUAGUUAGGCUGGGACAUCUUCAAAGCUGAAAUCAUGGUGGACGGUAAUGAUUUGCGCGGCAGCAAGUCCUAUCUACAUGGACAGAAUUCAGACGUUGACAUAUACAGCCUGGAACUUAUGGAAGGAAAGAUGCCGACGGGUCUUUGACAACAAAGCAAUAUCAGUUCAGCAGAUAGCUCUGUUAAUUAGGCGAGAUGUUGAUGCUCUACGCCAGGCGCGAGAUUCACUAGAGUAGUCUUCCGUUUCCUUGUUCCUUUUUUCCUGCUGUGCCGGAUCUCAGUGAGUGUUGUUCUAGGCCUGGCACUUCAGCCCUGGCUAGGAUAGUGUAAAUACUGCUAGCUCUCUACUAUAAUGAAAUGGCAGAUCAUCUGCCCGAGUUCUACUAAAAAAAUAUGAUAAAGAUAUAAGAGCAGAAGCUAACCUCCUGAAAAACCACUAGAGAGAGCCUAAUUCUUUUUUUAUGUGAACCAAGUUUUUUUUUUGCACAGUUAUAGUAAAAUGUCCUAUUAGUAGGCUCAGGA